AUGUUCAAACGCAUCGUCUUCACGACAGUUACUCCUCUCCCUUCCUAUAUGCCGCGGGACCUCGUCAUCAACACCCUCCAUGCCCACAGUGAGAUGAUAGAGCUGAACCCGCUCGUGAUCAAACAUAAACGUUGCAAAGCCCCGCCCAACGCCCCGCCAGACGAAUUCCACUGCAUCUGGUAUGAGCUGACAGACAACAUCCACUAUCUCCCCGGCCGCAUAAUACGGAGCAACGUCACCUACAAGGCCUGCUUCCACGACCUCCAACGCGGCCUACAAACACACAUCUACGCACCCACGAACCUCGACAUCCGGAAUCGAUGGACGGGAAGACGUCGAUAUGCGAUGCAACACCUUCGCCGCCAGCUUCGUCAAGAAGACGCUGAAGGACGCACACGCCGUUCUGGUUGA